AUGAAGAAAAGCGAUAACGAAAAGAAAUUUAAAGAAAUUACAAUCUACCCAGAUAGAGAACUAUUAGUUUGGGAAAAAUGGAUUCAAAUUAGGAAGGAGGAAACACAACAUUUAGCAGCGAAAACUAAUAGACCACCAGUAGAUUUAGCUAUGAACUUAUUGGAAAAAGUGCGAGAGGACAAAGAAAGAAAAGAAGUAUUAGAACAUGCUCAAAUUGAAACGAAACCCACUGUAAGAGGUCGUUUAUGGGAACAACCACUUAGAUUAAAGCAGCGAUGUUACUGUGAACCAGUCUAUGAAGUUCAGCGAACGAGAGCUGAAAUGGGCAAGCCCAGAAUUAUACAACAUAUUGGAGUACCCAAGUAUAUUCAGGAAACUGAGAAAGGUAUUAGUGGAGUAUCAGAAAAAAAGUCGUGUUCAAAUAUCGAUCACGAGUACAAAAAAUAUAGAGAUGAAAGAGAAAAAACCCUCAAGGAAAAGAUAGAUAAAAUUGAUCCUUACCGGCCAGAAAUAAAAGACCUAUUUAUACUAGGGAGUAAGCCGAAACCGCCUCCUCCAAAGAUACCAGACUUACCUAAGAUCAUUCUUUCUACGGUAAUGAGUCAUGGUAACUCCGCUGUCAGUUCUAUCUAUGCACUUAAAGUGAACAAUACAAUUUUUGUUAAGGAUAUACCAGAUCAAAAAAUUCCAAGCGCCUUAAAGGCUAUGCAAAAAGAACUAAGCCACGAAUGGUGCAACACAUGGUCUUAUUAUUUUAAUACACCAGUUAACAGAGCUGGAAGAUGUAAGCUGUUCCUAAAAAAUGUUGGCACUGUAAUGUUACGAUAUUGUUGGAAAAAGAUUAAGCGAUCUCUUCCUUUCAUACCGGAACAACCGUUCGAGCAAGUCUUCUUUUUUAACAAAAACGAAGACACUAUCUAUCCUGGUCAAGAAAAAAUUAUUUUUUUCACUUUCAUAUCUGACAAACCAGGUAUCUAUAGUGAAAUUUGGGAACUCAGUACUUGCAAUAUUUGCCUAUUCGAUACUAUAGCUGAAAAAAUUAUAAUCAAUUUGAACGCCGACUCCGUAGAAAAUAUAGAAAGAACAAGAAGAAAGGCAUACAAAUUAGACGUUAAAAUUAAACAUGUUGCUAUAAGAAACUACAUCUUACAUUUAUUGCAUGAGGUCGUUACGAACGCUACGUGCAUACAACCGCAGCCGUAUCCAUACAAGAAAUAUCUUCUAGAACGAGAGUUGUUUAUCAUGAAAAAUCCAAUUUACUACUAUCAUCAAACCGAAGUUCUACAUCUACACGAUUUAUAUACUGAAAUGUUACCUGGAGAAUCGUGGGACCUCUCCAUUGUAAGCUGGAGGGCCGCAAUGAUGGAGAAAAUGUAUGACGAUAGAAUGAAAUACUUUGAACUCCUUAAGAAAUCACAUCUUCAUCUUUUAAAACCCUGGUUCGAAGGAGAAGAGCUUUUGAAAGAAAAAUAUAGGGCUGUUAAUUUAUUGCUUGGUCAGUUAGCCGACAAAUUUGACUCAGAAUAUUUAAAAUUAUACGAACUUAUGAGGCGCGAUGUGCCUGGAGAAGCUCAUGUGUCUGCUAUGAGUACUUUAUCUAUUGCUUCAUUGGAUUCUGAUAUAAGCUCCACAAUUCGUAACAUAUUGUAUGUACGAAUGUACGAACAUCUAGCUUUCACAAUAGAAAUGUGUGCAGGAGUUUUGAGCGGUUUAGAUUUGAACAGAUGGAUACAAUUUGAUUUCUGUCGCUAA